ACCGGAGCUCAGCGGAGCAUCCCGAGUCUCGAGCGACGAGCAGAACGCGCAAAUGAUGAUUUCUGGCGUUUUCUUUCGCUGUAGGUGAUGGUUGCAGGCCGAAGAGGAAUCGUUCGUUAUGGCCCGAGCCGUGGAAUAUCUCCUGACGGUUGUUCUUUAAGUGAGGAAUGUCAGCUGCUGUUUCUUCCAUCGGGAUUCACGCGCAAAUUGUAGGAAGAUGAAGAAGCAAUUCAACCGAAUGCGACAACUGGCCAACCAGACCGUGGGCAGGGCAGAGAAGACUGAAGUGCUGAGUGAAGAUCUGCUGCAGGUGGAGAAGCGUCUGGAGCUGGUUAAGCAGGUGUCUCACAGCACUCAUAAGAGGCUGACCGGGUGUCUGCAGGGUCAGCAGGGUGUGGAUGUGGACAAGCGCUCCGUUCGCUCGCCUUCACAGAAGAAGCUUCCUCUGACGUCUCUGGCUCAGUGUCUGGUGGAAGGAGCAGCGGUUCUGGGUGACGACUCUCUGCUGGGGAAGAUGCUGAAGAUCUGUGGAGACACCGAGGACAAACUCGCUCAAGAGCUUCUGCUGUUUGAGCUCCAGAUCGAGCGAGACGUCGCUGAGCCGCUCUUCACUCUCUCUGAGGUUGAGAUUCCCAACAUUCAGAAGCAAAGAAAACAUUUAGCCAAACUCGUACUGGACAUGGAUUCUGCUCGCACACGGUGGCACCAGUCGACCAAAUCUUCAACGCUGACUAAUAAGGACACGCCCACCGGGGCCAAAGUCGACGCCCUCAGGGAGGAGAUGGAGGAGGCGGCCAAUCGCAUGGAGAUCUGUAGAGACCAGCUCUCGGCAGACAUGUAUAGUUUCGCGGCCAAAGAGAUUGACUAUGCAAACUACUUCCAGACGCUGAUCGAGGUCCAGGCCGAGUACCACAGGAAGUCUUUGGAGCUGCUCCAGAACGUUCUGCCACAGAUUAAAGCGCAGCAGGAGUCGUGGGUGGAGAAGCCGUGUUACGGGAAGCCGUUAGAGGAGCAUCUGUCUCUGAGCGGGAGAGACAUCGCCUUCCCCAUCGAGGCGUGUGUGACCACGCUGCUGGACUGUGGUCUUCAGGAGGAGGGUUUGUUUCGGGUCGCUCCGUCUGCCUCGAAGCUGAAGAAGCUGAAGGCGUCUCUGGACUGCGGCGUGAUGGACUUUCAGGAAUAUUCUGCAGAUCCUCACGCCAUCGCAGGUGCUCUGAAAUCAUACCUGCGGGAGCUGCCCGAACCCCUACUGACCUUUGACCUGUAUGAGGAGUGGAUUCAGGCAUCAAAUAUUGCGGAUCAGGACAUGCGUCUGCAGGCGUUGUUAUCGACCAGUGAGAAACUUCCUACAGCAAACAGCAACAACUUCAAGUAUUUGAUCAAAUUUCUUUCCAAGCUGAACGAGUAUCAGGAUUACAAUAAAAUGACGCCAGGAAACAUUGCGAUCGUACUGGGGCCAAACCUGCUGUGGGCGAAUACAGAGGGGAACAUGACGGAGAUGAUGACGACCGUCUCGCUGCAGAUCGUGGCCAUCAUUGAGCCGCUCAUCCAGCACGCUGACUGGUUCUUCCCCGGAGAAAUUGAGUUUAACGUCACAGGAAACUACGGCAGCCCCGUUCACACCAAUCACAACGCCAACUACAGCUCCAUGCCGUCGCCAGACCUGGACCAAUCAGAUCGCAGACAGCAGGACCAGAGCCGACGCCCACUCAGCGUCGCCACCGACAACAUGAUGCUGGAGUUCUACAAGAAAGACGGCAUUAGGAAAAUUCAGAGUAUGGGAGUGCGAGUGAUGGACACCUCCUGGGUUGCUCGCCGAGGCUCCUCCUCCUCGUCUCGUAAGAGUUCCUCGACUCCGCCCAGCCUUCAGCCGCCCUCUGAUUCGCUGAACCCCGAGCAGCCGACCGAUGUCUCCGCCUCCCCCUCACAGACCCCGCCCCCAAUCACCGGCGAUAGGACCAGCACUCAGAAGAAUAAGGAGCCUUCGCCUGUGAUUGGUCAAAGGGGCAUCUCACCAACGGCUCCCUCUGCUGGACAGAACCAGCUUUCAGACCAGAGUCCUCUCACGCUGCGCAAAGUUUCCAAGAAGCUGGUCCCCAUCCCUCCCAAGGGUCCGUAUUCUCCGUCUGGCUGCGUGUCGGAUCUGUCUCCGGGUCCGUCUCCGGUCAGUCUGUCCCCGACGCCCCCCAGCACCCCGUCCUCCUACAGCUUCAGUUACCCUCAGGGCUCCGUCCUCACGUCGCCCGGACACACCCACAGCCAGACGCUCUCGUCCCCGCCGCCGCUCGCCAGCACUCUGCCCAGGUCACGGCCCAUGCCCAAACCCCCCCGCCAGAGACCCCCCCUGCCCCCGCCGCAGCCCCCCCCGCAGCCGCUGGAGCACACGCCGGGCCUGAUGGACACGCUGUCCCCCGGAGAGAGCAUGUCUACAGACUCGUGCUGUGAUUUGGACGUCCCCAUAACAAGCGUUGAACUGGACGGGAGAUACAGGAAUUCUGUGGAUCUGCUGGAUUCGGACGAGGAGGAGGAGUCGGAGAGCACCGCCCUUUGACCCCUGGGGUUACCCACAAUCCUUUGCUCCCCCCUUCACCGCACAAGUGACGCUGUAUUGUCCGUGUGAUCCUCUGCACUGAGCCGCAGACGGGAUCUGAAGCGUGGAUCACGUCACUGUGCCGUUCUGGUCACGUCUUCUUUGUGUUUUUUAUGUUUUUAUGGUUUUUCCAUGUGGUUGGUUUUCUAUUUGCCUUAUCUGAGUUCUUGCACUUUUGCCUUGAAGUUUGUGUUGUGUGUGUUCAGGGGGGUAGAAAUCACCCUGAAACCUUGUUGUGUGUAAACCCAGAAUAGCAUUCACCAACUGUACAAACUGAUAUUAUAUACAUCAUAUAUAUUAUAUGAUAUUGAUAUACAUAUCUGAGAUGAGGAUGGAUGAGUGUGUGUGUGUGUGUGUGUGUCAGAUUUUAAGUUGAUUGAGAAGGGGCCGUUCACACAUGUAUUUACCAUUCAAAAUUUUGGGGUUGGUAAAAUAUUUUAAACGUUUUUCGGUCUCUUCUGCUCACCCAAGAUGCAUUAAUUUGAUCAAAAAUACAGUAAAAAUAGUGAAAUAUUAUUCUAAUGUAAAUCAUCUGCUUUCUGUGUGAAUCUGUGUUAAAGUGUAAUUUAUUUCUGUGAUGCUCCGCUGUAUUUUCAGCAUCAUUCCUCCAGUCUUCAGUGUCACAUGAUCUGAUGCAUUUUAUUUUUCAGGAUUCACAGAUGAACAGAAAGUUCAAAAGAGCAACAUUCAUCUUUUGUAACAUUAGAAAUGUCUUUACUGUCAAUUUUAACCAAUUGAAUAAAAAUCUUACUGACCCCAAACUUUUGAACUAUUGUGUAAAUAAAUAAAAAAAUGACGGCAGAACUUUAUCUUUAAAAAAAUGUUAGUUUUUAAAGUGCUGUGUGUGAACGGACCCUCAGUGUGAAUGAAUGAAUGAAUGCUGGAUAAAAUAAAGCGCGUUUGUACUGAAAGAUAAUACAUAAAGUAUCAAAUCACAGAAAAUAUCAGAUAUAUAACAGAUAUAAAUUAUUUGUAUUAACAGUAACAUUAAUAUGACUAUAUGUUAGUGAGAAGAAAAUAUUUCUCAAUGUGUUUAUCAUCAUUUGGAUAAUCCAAUUACUGGAUAAUAAUUUUCAUUUAGCUUUUUAAGCUUUUAGGAAUAAUUUCCAUGAAUCUUUCCUUACCUGGAAAUCAUGUUAACCCUUUGGAUGCAUUAACUAAUAAAUCAAUAUACAAAACAAAUGCAUCAAUGAUUCAAAACAACAUCAUCAUUCAACUCCAACAAAUAUAAUCUUCUAUUUUUAAAUGAAAUAUGUGUACGUAUAUGCACAUCUGUCUACUGCAAUAUAACAUAGUAGCAGAUAUAAUGCAUCAUAAAUAAAAAAUAAAGAGGAAUUAGGAAUAAAGGUCAAAGAUCAUCGUCUUAAAUGUCUGUUCUAAUAGACACAUCAUGCAUCUGAAGGUUAAAAUUCCCUGAUGUUAACAUGUUUUCCAUGAUUUGGGAAGCCUUACUGACCGAACGAAGGUGGCUGGCGUGUUGUUCGUCUGAUGAAUAUGAAAUAUAAUAACACCACAAACUCUGCUGUAAGUAUUAGCACGUGUAAAUGCUGUUCACUCUCCGCUGUACAUAGUCUAUAGAAGCAAAGGUCCGAUAUUUACCAAUCGUUCUCUCUCUAUAUAAACACAUAUAUAUGUAUAUUACAGACAAUAUUAUUUUUGCUUCAGACACAAUGCUGGAAUACGAAUCGCCGCGGUUCCUGUGAAGCUGAAGUGUGUUUGCUGGAGAAUCAGACGCACAGACGAACUGAAAGCGAUCCGGAUUGCGACAGAGAUUAAACCGAAGUCACACGUUUACCUCUUUACCUCGAGCGUCGGGACGUGGUUUGAGACCAUUCUGUAAAGUCAACAUGAAACCUGUUUUACCUCCGUGAUGUGACGUCAUGAGUUAAACAGGAGAACGAGACAUCGUAAAGAAGGUCAUGUUGAGUUUAAAACCUCCUGAAUGUCUGAUGAUGUGUGUGUGUGUGUGUGUGUGUGUUGGGUAAUUUAUCAUCAGUCUUUGUGGAUUUGGCAUCUGUUUGUGCUUCUGUUUGACCAUCCUUAACAAAAUUUGACUUCAGGUGACACAUUAAUCCAGAAGAAUAUGAGUAGAUCAGGGAAACGGUGAAGAGAUUAUAAACUCAAUAUUGUUUCAUUUUCACGAUUAAACGCUCUGAUUUGGUCUUUCCUCGCGGAUGAGAGCAGAUCUGUCAGGAGAAGACGAACUUUCACAUGUUUGUGGAUCUGAAUAGAAUUGUUUUGUGUAUUUUGAUACGGUGGUUUUGUAGUUUUUGUUGGCUGAAGCUCAUUUUUAUAUGAGGGUGUAUUGAGAGAAGUGCAUUGAUGGCAGGUUGAAGGCAGUGCAAUGUGUUGAAUUGACAGCUAAAAUCAUAAUGUAAUGAGCAAACACGAAAGGGUCGGGAAACGUGAAUGAAGUGCAUUAUUCCUGUGUUUUGGGGAUCAGUCUGGAUUAUUGUAAAGAUGCUCUGAUGUCUAGAUGUUUGUGAAUCUGCCGCAUGCUUUGCUUUCAUUACCUACAAUGUACUGUAUCUCAAUUUGAAACAUUUUAUACAUGCUAUUAGAGCUUUUUGGCAAAAAAAAAAGAAGAACAGAAGUAAUGCAGAUACUCCAGCCCUCAAUAUCAGCUGCUAUUCGAGACUAUAUCAACCGCUCAAACUUCUGUAGAUCGCAUGCAGCCUCCUCCGAACGCUGAUUUACUACCAAGAAACUUUAAAAGCAAUAAUUCACCCAAAAAUGAACAUCCGAGAUCAGGAUGAGUUUGUGUCUUCAUCAGGUUUGGAGAAAUGUAGCACUGCAUCAGUGUCUCAAUGGAUGCUCUGCAGUGAAUGGGUGCCGUCAGAAUGAGAGUCUGAUAAAAACAUCCCAAUAAUCCACAGCACUCCAGUCCAUCAGUGAACAUCUGGAGAAGACAAAAGAUGAAACACAUCCAGCAUUAAGAUGAUUUUAACUCAAAUAAUCCAUAAUAACACUUCCUCCAGUGAAAAAGUGUUCUGGUCUGAAUCAGGAGAGAAAUCUGCACAGAUCAAGCAGCGUUUAAACAGAUCUAAACCUUCUCCAGAUGUUCACUGAUGGACUGGAGUGCUGUGGAUUAUUGUGAUGUUUUUAUCAGACUCUCAUUCUGACGGCACCCAUUCACUGCAGAGCAUCCGUUGAUGAGACACUGAUGCAAUGCUACAUUUCUACAAACCUGAUGAAGAAACAAAACUCAUCCUGAUCUCUGGAUGACCUGAGCACAUUUUCAGCUAAUUAUUUUCCAAUGAAAGUUUAAAAUCACAGACUUUACUCAUUUACUUUUACAGUCUAAACACAACACACACCGUAAGACUUGGCUCUACAGUAUAUUAGACUGAACUCUUUCACUCACAAGCUCUUGAAUACCUUCUUUCCUCACUGUCUGAUGUAAAUCUGAUCCGAAUCACUUCUAGCAGACUAGUUAAUGACUCAAUAACCACACAAACCGCCGCAGACGCCGUGUGUAUAUCUGUGUGCUGGAGCUUCUGAUGCUGCAUGCUCUUUCACUCAUACUGUCCUUACCUUCUGUUCCUGGGGCCAAAUUAACGGAGCGUCAUUUAC